AUGGCAGAAAUUAUAGCUAAGGAAGCCAACAGUGCAUUUUCUGUAUUGAAAACAUUAAGUGACGAUGAAAGAUCGGGAGCUUUACACCAAAUAUAUCAAGGUUUAAAGGAUAAGAAAGAUGAGAUCUUAAAAUUUAAUAAGAUAGAUUUGGAUAAUGCUAGUAAAAAUAACUUAUCAUCAAGUUUAAUCAAGAGAUUAGAUUUAAGUACGGGUGGUAAAUUCGAUAGUAUGUUAGAAGGAAUCUUAGAUGUAGCUAAAUUACCUGAUCCUAUUGGUAAAUGUACCUUAGCUAAGAAAUUAGAUGAAGGUUUAAACUUAUAUAGAGUAACUGCACCUAUUGGAGUUUUAUUGAUUAUUUUUGAAAGUAGACCUGAGGUUAUUGCCAAUAUUACAGCCCUUGCUAUCAAAUCAGGGAAUUCUGCUAUAUUAAAAGGUGGUAAAGAAUCAUAUCAAACUUUUAAGAUUAUGAGUGAUAUAGUGAAUGAAGUAUUAAAUGAUAAAACUAAAGUUCCAAAAGAUGCUAUCAAAUUGAUUGAAAGUAGAGAGGAAGUUGGUGAUUUAUUAUCUCAAGAUAAAUAUAUUGAUUUAGUUAUUCCAAGAGGUUCAAAUCAAUUAGUUCGUAAUAUUAAAGAAAACACAAAGAUUCCUGUUUUAGGACAUGCUGAUGGUAUUUGUUCAAUAUUUGUUGAUGAAUCCGCUGAUAUUGAAAAAUCAGUUAAAGUUAUAGUUGAUUCCAAGACUAAUUAUCCUGCUGGAUGUAAUGCUGUUGAACAAUUAUUAAUUCAUGAAAAGGUGGCCAAUGAUGAUGCUAAAUUACAGAAAAUCUAUCAAGGAUUGAAGAAUGCUGGUGUCACUAUGCAUGCCACUUCAGAAAUCAAAGGUUUAUUACCAAAUGAAUCAGUAGUUGAUGCUGAUGAUAAAUGUUUCGAUACUGAAUAUUUAUCAUUAGAUAUAACCGUUGCCACUAUAAAAUCUUUAGGGGAUGCUAUUACUCAUAUAAAUAGUCAUUCUUCCAAACAUACUGAUUGUAUUAUGACGGAAUCUAAAGAAAAUGCCGAUAAAUUCUUGAAAGGUAUUGAUUCUGCUGGUAUUUAUUGGAAUUGUUCAACUAGAUUCGCUGAUGGUUUUAGAUAUGGAUUUGGAACUGAAGUCGGUAUCAGUACUAAUAAAAUUCAUGCCAGAGGACCUGUCGGAUUAGAAGGUUUGAUGAGUUAUCAAUAUCAAUUACGUGGAGAUGGUCAUAUUGCAAGCCAAUAUAAAGGAGCUGGUGGUGAUAAAGUAUUUGUUCACGAAGAUUUAGAUAUGAACGUUAAACUUUAA